AUGCAAGCCCUUCCUCCUGCCCCUCAGCCCAUCGGCGUGUUUGACACGUUCUUGGCGAGGCAGACCGAGACCCUCAUCGUAGAUGAGAAAGGCAUGUCUUUGUCCGGCGAUAGCUUCGAUAUCAAGCUUGCUUCCGGCGCCCCGCUAUUGAGGGUCCAAGGCAAUGCCUUGUCCCUCCGAGGUCGAAAGGAAGUCUUUGACAUGGCCAACAACCACCUCUUCACCAUUACGAGCAAGCUUUUGACGUUGCGCCCGACCUUUUGCGGAAAACAAGAGGUGCUUGUCAUGAAGGGGAACUGGCGUUCGUCUAGCGCGGAGAUUGUGGACCAAGCCACUGGCUUUGUCGUGGCUAGUAUUCGACGCCAACGAACGGCCAAGCACUACUUGGCCGGCCAACAGACCUACACCGUAACUGUGGCUCCCAACGUCGAUAUGGCGCUUGCCGCGGCCAUCGUUCAUGACGCCAUUGGCGGCAGCACCUCCGGCAGCCUGGAGGCCAUUGGCGGUCGCGCCGACACCGUUGUUAAGGGCCUGGCCGCCGGGAACGGAGCUUGCGCCGGGCACGUAACCUCCUUGGUCGUCCUUGCCCUGUCGCUCGGCUCGAUUGAUGCCCUCCCGGGAUGCAAGAUCCCCGAUAGGCUGGAGAAGUCCGCCUUGCCCGACCUGGCCUGCCACUAG